GUUGCCUUUGUUUCCCAGCUCGUCUGCUUUGUUGUCAUGUACAUUAUCUGUAGCUGUAUAUAAGGUCUCUCUUCGAAGACUCACCUUUGUUCAUCCUGUCUUCUUCUUUCGCACUCUUUUACUCAAUCCAUAAUGCGCUUUGCUGUCGUCGUUCUUACUCUCUCCGUCGCUGUCUCGUCCGCGUUUGCGGCAUUGAUCGCACGUCAAAGCUUGCCCAAUUGCGCUGUCCCUUGCCUGACGGAUGCUGACUUUGGCAACUGUUCUUCUACCGACGACAACUGUCUUUGCCACAGCCAGGCUUUCAUCAACAGCACCACAACCUGUAUUCAAGCAUCUUGUACGGGCUCUGACCUCACAAAUGCCGACGCAGCUUCCCAAUCACUCUGUGCUGCAGUGGGCGUCACCUUGACCGCUGGCAGCGCUGCUGCGACGGCUACCUCAUCAUCCAAUAGUACCGCCACUGCUACCACAGCCAAGCCUUCGUCUUCCAACGCUGCAUCAUCGCAUAGCAUUAACAUGCUGACUGGUGUAGCAGCCUUUGCCAUCAUGGCAGCGUCAUUAUAGAGGGAUUGCGAGUCAUCUCACUAUCAUUAUUCUUUCGCAUUCUUUUGCGCAUUAGAACUUGUCAGGGUGUUUUGAAGUUGACGUUGAGCGCUGAGCAUUAACUCACGAUUACCUGAUUGAUUUCUUGCAUGCGAUUCCGAGUCGAUAGAGGAGAAAUUUAUGGGGUUAUAUAGUUAUCUAUGUAGUUAAACUUCGUCAUUCAUCUACUCGGUCGCCACGUUAGGCAAUUUAUUUGAUUUUGUGUGCACAA